AUGGCGGCUCAGCUCGGAGAGCAGCAGCACCACCAUCUGGGACGAGGACGAGGAGGAAACCAGUCCAAGAAAACGGACUCUGUGCCUGGAAAAGAGGCCCCGUCAGGCACCACGGAGUCCGGCUUGAAUUCUCUUGUAACACCAUUGAAAAGAAAAAGGGGCCGGCCCCCUAAGACUUCUCAGAGAGUAAUGGAGUCUGACAACAUGGUCAGCCCCAUGCUCACUUCGCCAUGCGAGGAAGAGAAGCCCCCUCAGUCCCCGAAACGAAAGAGGGGUCGUCCCCGCAAAGACUCGUGCUGCACCACCUCUUCAGAUCUGCUCCACUGCCCCGGCUACAUCUGCCCUGACCACGUCUCCCUCUGCCGCCGCCACAUCUGUCCCUACCCCAUCUGUCCCUGCCUCUUCCACGUCUGUCUCUGCCCCGGCCACAUCUGUCUCAGCCACGUCUCCCUCUGCCACCGCCACGUCUGUCCCUGCCCCUCCCACAUCUGUCUCUGCCCCAGCCACGUCUGUCUCAGCCAUGUCUCCCUCUGCCACCGCCACAUCUGUCCCUGCCCCUCCCACAUCUGUCUCUGCCCCGGCCACAUCUGUCUCAGCCACAUCUCCCUCUGCCACCGCCCCAUCUGUCCCUACCCCAUCUGUCUCUGCCCAGCCACAUCUGUCCCUACCACAUCUGUCUCUGCCCCAGCCACAUCUGUCCCUACCACAUCUGUCCCUGCAUCUUCUGAGGUUCACACAGUUGCAGCAACGUCGUCCCCUGAAACGGAAACCGUUAAAGUCACAGCUUCCUCUACAUUAGAUACCUCUGGUUCUCCCCCGAUGGCGACACCUGGAGAAAAAACUACCAAGACCCCCGUGACAACUUCCACUGCUGCGCCGCAAAGAGUUUCCUCUCCUAAAAGACCAUCCCUAGAAACGUCAGCUGCAGAUGAGAACAGAAAUUAUAAAACUACCACGUCUGCCACCGCAUCCAUAACUUCAGUUACCACAGCGGCUCCUCCUGUGUCCAUCACACAAGCCACUGUCCAAGAACAAACCCCUGAACCCACCGGUGCUUCAUCUGAGACACAGUCUGCAGAUUCAGUACCGGAAAACUCUAUAAGUGACUCUGAAAUGGAGGUGGAUGCAGACACGAAUACUAACAAAGAGCAGAACAACAAGCAGGAUAUAUGCAAGUCCCAACCUAAAAGGAGAAAAUUGGAAAGUUCCUCUGUCACCAAAGAGUCCAAUGCAGAAAAGGAGGAAGGUGCUGGAGAUGAAAAAGUUGAAGCCACGUUGCAGAAAGAUCUAAGCCAACAGUCAGCAGAGAAAACAGAUGAGGAUCAUAAACUUCUGCCACAGAAGCGAUCUCUGAGUCGUCAGAGUAGUCAGGACUCCACACGCUCCUCUUCGCCAUCGUCUGGAUGCUCGACGUCAACUCUCACUCGACACGCUCAUCAUAAGAGGACUUAUGAGAACAGACAUCCUGCCAAGAAGAAGAGAACUGACGUCACCUCAGAAACCGGGAAAGAGGAGGAGAAGGAAGAGAGAGGGGAGAAGAAAGUGGACAGCAGUGAGAAGGAGUCCGCCACAUCGACUUCCCGUUCGGCGAGGCGUUCAAGGUCUUCAUCUUCCUCCACUGACUCGGAGAGCGAAGAGACACGGAAGGAGAACCGGCUGACUCGCUCGGCCAAGCGCCGGCUGCAGGACCAAGAGAAGGACAAGGGCACCAAGGAGAGGAAGGCCUCCAAACCUGCGCACGGCUCUGACAAAAGCACAUCAAACACCACCAACACGUCGACGGGAGGAGAGUCCGGCAGCGACACGUCUUCUGUCAGGAUCACCAGAAAAUCUGCCGUGUCUCAGCCGUCACAAGACGGAAAAGUCCAGACGAACAGCACGCCGCCGCUGCCUCCGGAGCCAGAGGUCCUGGGCAAGAGGUGCUCGGCGCUCAACGCAGCCGCCAAGCUCCUGGCAAUGAAAGGCAGGGUGGACACUCCCGGUCACACCACCAGGAGAGACUCAGGGGCCAAAUCUGCAUCCUCCGUGGACAAAAACCAAAAGUCCAAAAGCAAAAGUGUGCCCACAGCUCCCCUGAGCAACUCUGUGAGUCUAAACAACAAUAAAAACAGUGGCAGCAAACCUUCGACGCCCAAUCAGACGAGUCGCUCGUCAUCCCGCUCCACCAGACAGUGCCCCGGUUCUCUGGUCCCGCCUCUAGAGGCGGAGUACAAGAGGCCGAAACCCGAGGAGAAGGAGAGGGGCAGCAGGAAGUCGUCGGGGGGGAAGGAAGGCGACGGAGAGGGGCAGCCUUCAUCCCGGGGCCACAGUGCCUGCAGCAGCAUGAGCAGCGACGGCGAGGGCGACUGCGGCGGCCGCAGCAGCCGGAGCCGCAGCAGCAGCAACAGCAGCCAGCGCACGCACAGCAUCAGCUCCCAGAACACGGAGCGCCGCAGCUCGCGCUCCCGCGCCGCCUCGUCGGGCAGCGAGCGGGACCGCAGCCUGGACCGAGCCAAGAGCAAGGACCAGAGGGACAAGCGGGGCCAGCGCCGGGAGAGCCGCAAGGACGGCCGGAGGUCCCACAAGCCGCCGCAGGAGGCGGCGGCGAGCGGCUCGGGGAACGAGGGGACGCCCGACCGGGUGCUGCGGAGCGUCGCCGCGCUCGCCGCGGUUCAGGCCCGCUCUCCGGCGGCCAGCACCCGCUCCUCCUCCAGUCACCAACGUCACAACAAGACAUGACCAGAGUGCCAAAGGGACUUUUUUUAAAAAAAUGGAAGCAAGUGUUGCAGAGCACGACGCGACAGCACGCCAGCGCCCCCCAGUGGUUGCUGCUCCGUCUGCACUCUUAAGGAACAGCAAGGGAACGGCGCGCUGCACAAGCCGGGGACCUCCCUCACCUCUGAAGCCCCUCCCCCUUUUUCUAGCUGGAUCCGGUCCCCUCGCCACGCAGACACGGACUGCUGGGGGAGGCUCGGGGCUGCCGGCGGUGCGGCGGCGGCGCGACCAGGGAGGCGGUGCGGUGGGAACGUUUCACCACUGGGACUUCAGGGGGACGACAGGCGCGGGAGGUGGAGGUCGGCUCACACGACGUACUGUAAGCGUUACAGACUGGAGACUCAGACCCUCCGAGUUCAGAUGAGAUUAAACGGCGCCCCCUGUAAUCUGUUUGACGUUCAAAAAAAAAAACACCUUGGAGUGACCAGUUGUAUUGUAAGUUGGCGGUUUAGAAAGUUGGUUUUGAGAAAUGUGGUCAUCUGUUCUGGCUCUGGUUUCUUUGUAGUCAGUCGAUAAGUUAUGCAUAUUUUAUUAUUUCUUCCCGGGUUUGAGGAAGAGAGCGGAUCUUUGCUGCACUAUGCUGGAGCGUCUUUGCUUGAGCCCCUUUUCGCCCUCGGUUCCACUGGACUCGUCUCAAAUCAGCCCUUUUCCUCAUUUGCACAUCUGAUAACUUGCCCCUCCCACCUCCGCCCUGACCCCGCCCACUUCAGGGUGUUUUACUUCAGCUUAAAAAAUUGAUCAAUUGGCCCCUCAAUCCUUCCGAUCUGCUAAUUGAAAAAGGUUUCACUCCCAGAUCUUUCCUCCGGCGGUGGUUUGAUCGCGGCCCGCCUCCGUCGGGUGUUUCCAGUCAGUGUUACAGAGUGCCUCUUCGGCCAAAUGGUUCUGAACCUCAGAUUGCCUUGAGACGCCCCUGGAGCCAGGUGUUGAUCUUCUCUUACUUAAAACACAAAAUCAAAAUAGCCAACAAAUUGAAUAAAGUAAAAAAAAAAAAAAAAGACAAAAUGCUUUUAUCCUGCUUCAAAACCUGAAAAGUCACGGUUUCUUUUCCUGCCAUCACAUUGUUUCUCUGUUCUUGUACAAAUAAAUGACGGUGCAGCUCCACAGACUGUCAGCUGUGGAUUUAUUGUUCUGGGAAAAGGUGGAUGCCUGGUUUACGGUGAUGGUCUUACUACUUUUUUUUGUUUUCGUCUCUUUAUUUGUUGCAUUCCUUUUUUGAUCCCUUGUAAUUCCACAUUGUUUUACUUGAAGAUUAAGACAAUUACAGUUGAAUAAAAAGACCAAAAAUUA